CCCUUCUCCCUCACUCCCUCUCUCUGCAAUGUAUGCUUCUUCUCCGCCGAAAAGGCCGAGGACCUCGAAAUCCCGUCCACGGGCCUCAUGGACGGAAGAGGACGAGAUCCGCCUCUUAAAUGCCACGCUCGUGAUGGCAGGAAAGAAGGCCAAGAACGAACCUGGCGGCGACUCGGUCGCUUCGCUCUUCGACGAGAUCGAGAGCUCCGUUCGCGGUGAUUUCAGCAAAGAACAGCUGCUAGAUAAGCUCAAGAGACUGAAGCGGAGAUUCCAGACCCGCUCUCCGGAGAUUUCGAUCCAUAGCGCCCAUGAUCGGAAGCUGCUCGAGAUUUGCGAGAAGAUAUGGGGCGGAAGGCCGUUGGUGGGAGAAGAAAAAAAAGAAUCAGAGCAAAACGAACUGACCGGAUCGAAAGAUGGGUUGGAGCGUUUGGAUGGUUGGAAUAUGAAGGAAUUGAAAGAUAAAUGGCGUUUGCAGGAAAUGAGAGAGAUGGAGGUUUUCUGUGAUCGCGUGGCAUUGAUUCGGGAUCAGAUGGACUUGAUUACAGAAGCGCUCAACCCCUCAAAAUCUCAACCAUUUUCAUGAAUCUUUUGCUUUUAUGCUUCUUCUCCUUCUUCUUCUUCUUUUUCACUUUGCUUAGCCAGGGACCGACGCUGACUAGGUGGUGUUGCCAACACCACCCCGUCGGUAGUGUGUGGAUGUGUUAGGCCCAACGUGUUGAAUAUGUUUUAUAUCC